GUGUUCUCUAUUCGAAUUGAAUAGUAAUCUGCACCAGUCGGUCAUUUUGGCAACAAGGCAUCGUCCACAAACAUGAAAAUAUUAUCCAUAAAAUGUUAGAAUUUUCUAACUGGUGUUCAUUGGGAUGGCAUGCACAUAACACGUUUUUAUCAAAAGCAAUAUUUUUUUUCAAUGAGUAAACACAGAAUCCUAGUUAUUAGCUACUAUACGUGCUGAAUUAGGUCUACGUUAAUUUUGUUUUGAGACUAUUUCGCCCUGGCCUUUGAACGGGGCACCUGGUUCACGCCCGGGAGGCAGCCCGGUUCCAAAUCGAACGCAAUAAACUUUCAGCUGAAGCGAAACACUCCUACACAGGCGCCCGGACGGGAUGAAUCGAACCCCUCAAUGUUCCGGUAUAGCGGACACGUCUGGGAUUUCCGAGAUUACCCACGACCCAACCCAAACAGGAAGUGUAAACACUUCUCACGUAACAGCAGCGCAUGUGAUAGCCCUUCUCUUCGACUCCUCAGCAUUCACCACUUGGGACUCUGAUACUGUUUUGCUCAGUUGGUUGGUGUGUGCACCAGAAUACUCGAGGCCAUGGACUCGAUCAGUUGUUCGAUCUGCCUGGAUCUACUGAAGGAUCCAGUGACUAUUCCCUGUGGACACAGCUACUGUAAAGGCUGUAUCAAGGGAUAUUGGAGUCUUGAUGACCAAAAGGGAAUUCACAGCUGCCCCCAGUGCCGACAGACCUUCACCCCAAGACCUGCUCUGAACAGAAACAUUCUGCUGGCUGAGUUGGUAGAGAAAUUGAAGACAGAUUUCAAAACGGUUCCCUCUGCUUCUUGUUUCUCUGGACCUGAAGAUGUGAAAUGUGAUCAUGAUGACUCAGCCGCAGAGAGGACGGAGAAACAGGGGCAGCUGAGGGAGAAACGGCAGCAAGUCGGGCUGAGAAUCUGUGUGAGAGAGAAGGAGAUGCAGGACAUAAGACAGGCGGCGAUGUCCCUUUCACUUUCAGCACAGGCAGCAGUGGAGCACUGUGAGCUGGUAUUUGCUGAGCUGAUCCGCUCCAUUGAGAGAAGGCGCUGUGAGGUGAAGGAGCUGAUCAGUGCCCACCAGAGGGCGUCAGUAAGCCAGGCUGAAGGACUCCUGGUGCGACUGGAGCAGGAGAUAGCUGAGCUGAAGAGGAGAGACAAGGAGCUGGAGCAACUCGCACAAACAGAGGAUAACAUUCAUUUCCUCAAGACUUUCCAGUCUCUUUGUGUGGCUCCUGGAUCUGAGCUCUUACCCUAUAUCACUGCCAACCAGCACUUCUCCUUUGAAGAAGUGAAGAGCUCCAUCUCUGGAAUGAUGGAGCGACUGGAGGAUGUAUUGAAGGAGGAAAUGGUCCAGAUACCUGGAAAAGUAACGGCUGUCUCCGAAGUCUAUGUCCUCAGCCCAAGACCAGAAUUAAUGGCUGCUGCUGAAGUACAUUUCCAUCAUGAGCCCAAGACCAGAGUGGAGUUCUUGGAGAACUACUGCCAUCUCACGUUGGAUCCCAACUCGGCGUAUCAACACCUGCGUCUGUCUGAGUGCAAUAGAGAAGUGUCAUGGAGUGACAAGGCUCUGUCUUAUUCUGACCACCCAGACAGAUUCACAGACCACUACCAGGUGUUGUGUAAAGAGGAUCUGUCUGGAACCCGCUACUGUGAGGUGGAUAGGAGGGGGGAGUGUGAGGUAGCCAUCACAUACAGAAGCAUCAGCAGGAAGGGCGGAUUGGAAUGUUGCUUUGGUUCCAAUGAUCAGUCCUGGAGUUUGGUGUGUCGCAACUCGAGUUGUUCAUAUUGGCACAAUAAGAAUAGGACUGAUAUCCCUGUCCCCUGCUCCAUCAGAGUAGGAGUGUAUCUGGACAGCAGGGCAGGGACUCUGGCCUUCUACAGCGUCUCGGAUACAAUGACCCUCCUCCACAGAGUCCAGACCACAUUCACUGAGGACCUCUGUGCUGGGUUUUGGGUUGGUCCUGGUUGUGGAUCAUCUGUGGCUCUGUGUUGACUGAUCGUCAUAGAAUCAAGUGUAUUUCAAGUCAAAUUGUAUUUGUCAAAUGCGCCGAAUACAACAGGUGUAGGCUUUACUGUGCUUACUUACGAGCCCUUUCCCAACAAAACGGAGUUAAACAGUAGGGGGAAAAAUGAAGGAAACAGUAACACAAUAAAAUGACGAGGCUAUAUAAAAGUUGUACCUGUACUGACUCAAUGUGCAGGGGUACGAGGUAAUAUGUACAUGUAGGUAAGGGUAAAAGUGACUAGGCAAUCAGGAUGGAUAAUAAACAGAGUAGCAGCAGUGUAUGCGAAGAGUGUGAAAGUGUGUCUGUGUCAGUGUAGUAUGUGUGAGUGUAUAGAGCCAGUGCUCUAUGCACAAGGGGUCAAUGAAAAUAGUCCGGGUAGACAUUUGAUGAAUUGUUCAGUGGUCUUAUGGCUUCGGGGUAGAAGCUGUUCAGGUGCCCUUUGGUCUCAGACUUGGCACCCCUGUACCUCUUGUUGUGUGGUAGCAGAGAGAACAGUCUAUGACAUGGGUGGCUGGAGUCUUUGAAAAAUGUUUAGGGCCUUCCUCUGACACCGCCUGGUAUAGAGGUCCUGGAUGGCAGGGAGCUCGGCCCCAGUUACAAAUAGGAAGGAAAUAUAAGACCGAUCACUUGGGAAAGUUGGAGAAAGUUGAUUUGCUUAAAAUCGUGACCUGGAUGAAGGGAGUUGACACUUCAUUUAGGAGUCCUGCUGCGAAGCCGCUCUUUAUCUAUAAUGUUUGAUUCCAGCUUUACUGAUGGGGGAGGAGUGGGGCCAUUGUUUUAAAGAUUACAAUAAUAAAUUAAAUAAAUCAUU